AUGGCGGCAGAUUCAGAAGAAAUUGAAGUGAUUUGUCCAGAUGUUGAAAAUUUAACACAAAUUGAAACAAAUAUAACUUGUCCUGUGGAUGGAUGUACUAAAAUAUUACCUAAUUCCUCAGCCUUGAGAAUGCACUUAGUCAAAACACACAAAACAACGGCAACAGAAGAUAAUGUGUUUGACAGAGGUGUUAGUUUGUGUCAAAACAAAGUGAAAAAAAAGAUCGUAUAUUGUUGUCCAGUAAGUUCCUGUGUGCGUGGGCAAGACAGUGGAAGAUAUUUUCAUCGUUUAGCUCAUGUUAAACAGGUUGGUGUCUUUCAUUGUUUCAUAGUUUUCUACUUGAGAAAUGUACUCAAAUGUUGACAUUUCUGAGCUCUAUAUAUUUGUUUAUUUGCCAAAUAGGCAAAUACUACAGUACAUAUAAUGAAAUGAAUCACACUGUUUUCUCAUUUUAAUAACUAUUGGUUGACCACCAUCUGCUGCACGAUAGUGCUUAGUGAAACCCAAUGUCUGUAAAUAUUUUAAAUGAUAUUCUCUUCAACAUACAGCACUACAUGAACGUACAUGGUGAAAAGAGAUUCACUUGCAAGAAAUGUGACAAGAAGUUUGGUCGAAACGAUGUUUGUUUACGACAUGAGAAAACAUGUGGAAUAAUUUUCCCAUGUUCCUGCGGUGUAGAAUUCAACAGUCGGACUUCAAUGUUAACACAUGCACGACGCAAUGGACAUGUUCUUCCUAUGUCUGCUUCCAAUGAACAGUAAGAAAAUUGCCACAAUUUCCAUAUAGGACUUGAGUGAACCUGUUGUUUAAAACCUGAAUUGUGGUGUAUGUUUGUUUGUAGGAGUGAAAGACAUUCGAAGCAGAUGAAUAGAAAAUUACCAGGUAAUGUAACAAAUCAAGCGAUAUGUAUUUCAUUUGUACCUGAUGACAGUAAGAGUGUUUCAACUGCUGUCAGACCAUUGAAGCCAAAGAAAAUAUUUUCUGAUGUGGAAACACAGACAUUUCAGCCUUGUUGCUCUCAUAACAAAGUUUCACCUUUGAUGCCAAAUGAUCAAGUUUGUUCUGUUAAUAAAAGGUCGUUAACAUAUAACGAGAGUUUGUUAACACAAAACCACAAAAGUUGUCCAAUUAAUAAGAGCAUGUCAUUAAUGGAAAGUAAUGAAUGUUCAGCUAAUGAUGGCUCAUCAUUGGUGCCACAAGAUGAAUGUUCCACUAACGAGGAUUCAUUAUUGAUGCAGAAAGACAAAGGAGUUAUGGUUGAUAUACAAUUGGAAAGAUCCAACAUAGAUGUGUUAUGUAAACACACACAGGCUGGGUUUGAUGAAAAUUUUGACUUCACAAUUGAUAAUGAAGAUUUCAAAGAACUUGCUCACUCACAAACUCAAACAAGCUGGGGUUUAGCAUUUGAUAACUUUCCACUGUUUGAAGACAAUGAAACACAGACGUUAGAUUCAUAUCUUGAAUUAGAUGCAUCAACUAUUGAUUGUGCUACUCAAACUAUCCUUGAUGAGAUAUUUUCAGUUGAUCAUGAGACACAGACCCUUUUGCCUUCAAUAAAUUUUGAUGAUGACUUUGGAAGCAUACAUUGUGGAAGUAGUAUGGAUGGUCAGACACAAACCUUGCCUUGGACAAAUUUUACUGCUGAUGAGACCCUUGAUAUUUUGAAUGCCUCAAGCAUGGAUUGCCAGACACAAACUGUAACUUGGACAAAUCUUACUGGUGCUGAGACCUUUGAUAUUUUGAAUGCCUCAACUAACUCCAGCAUGGAUGGUCAGACACAAACCUUGCCUUGGACAAAUUUUGGUGCCUCUUCCAAUACUUUACAAGGCUCACCAGGCUCAAGUGUAGAUGAGCAGACACAAACAUUAUUGUCAACAAAUUUUGCUGACUCUGAGAGAACAGCCCCAGAUAUUUUACAAGCCUCGACAAACUCAAGCAUGGAUGGCCAGACACAAACAAAUUUUACUGGUACUGAGACAACAACCCUGGCUAUUUUGCAAGCCUCAACAUCAAAUGUAGAAACACAAACAGUGUGUAAUGUUAAAAAAAAUUGA